UCCCCUCCCUCCUCCUCCGUGGCCGCCGCGAUGCCUCCGCCCGCAAUUUUGCUCCGCUGCGCCCUGGCGCUUCUCCUCCUGGGUUUGGGGGUCCCUUCUCCCCCCACGGAGGAGGAAGGGGGACCCCCGGCCAGGGAGGAAGAGGAGCUACCCACAGUGGUGGUCGCCAUCCUGGCCCGCAAUGCCCAACACUCUCUGCCCCACUACCUGGGGGCCCUGGACCGCCUGGAUUAUCCAGCGGAGCGCAUCUUCAUUUGGUGCGCCACAGAUCACAACGUAGACAACACCACGCAAAUGCUGCAGGAAUGGCUCGGCGCAGUGGAAAACCAUUACCGAUCCAUCGCGUGGAGAUCUGUGGAAGAGCCCAGAUCUUAUCCCAACGAACUGGGACCCAAACAUUGGACGGAGCCCCGUUUCGAACAGAUGAUGAGACUGAAGCAGGAAGCCCUGACUUUCGCCCGAUCUCAAGAAGCUGGUUACAUUUUGUUUGCCGACACGGACAGCAUCCUGACCAACAACCAAACCCUGAAGUUCCUCAUCGCACAAAACAAAUCGGUCGUCGCCCCCAUGAUGGAUUCCCAAACAUAUUAUUCUAACUUCUGGUGUGGGAUCACCCCGCAGGGUUAUUACCGACGAACAGCGGACUAUUUCCCUACCAAGAACCGCCAGCGUCUCGGCUGUUUCGCUCUGCCCAUGGUCUUCGGAACCUUUUUGAUCGAUUUGCGAAAGGACGACACAACCCAUCUGGCCUUCUAUCCGCCUCACCCCACCUACGCUUGGCCGUUCGACGAUAUCAACGUCUUUGCCUACUCCUGCCAAGUUGCAGGAGCGGAGAUGUUUCUGUGCAACCAGGAGAGGUUCGGGUACAUCAACGUGCCGAUGGGGUCCCACCAAACGCUGGAAGAGGAGGAGAUCCAGUUUGUGCAUCUCGUCCUGGAGGCCAUCGUCGAUGGGCCUCCAAUGGCCCGUUCCAGGCAUCUCUAUGUCCCCCCCAAACAUCCCACCAAGAUCGGGUUUGAUGAGGUGUUUCUCAUCAACUUGGCCCGACGCCCGGACCGGCGGCAACGCAUGCUGGAGGCUCUCUCUGAACUGGAAAUAGACCCCUUGGUGGUUGACGCCAUAGAUGGAAGGGCCCUGAAUAGCAGCAGCAUCAAGAAACUCGGCGUCGACUUACUGCCGGGGUAUUAUGACCCUUUUUCGGGAAGGACCCUCACCAAAGGGGAAGUUGGCUGUUUCCUCAGUCACCACCGUGUCUGGAAAGAGAUCGUUGAGAAAGGGCUGGAGAAAUCCCUCAUCUUGGAAGACGAUAUCCGAUUCGAGGCUUAUUUCAAGAGGCGCCUUUUGAAGAUGAUGGACGAGUUGGAGCGGACGCAACUCGAUUGGGAGCUGAUCUACCUGGGCAGGAAACAAGUCAACUCCGACAAGGAGGAAGCGGUGGCAGAAAUCCCCAAUCUGGUGGUGCCUGAAUAUUCCUACUGGACGUUGGCCUACGUCCUUUCGCGACGGGGGGCUCAGAAGCUGAUCGAGGCACAGCCCCUCUCUAAAAUCCUGCCCGUGGAUGAAUUCCUGCCCAUUAUGUAUGACAAACAUCCCAAUGAGGAUUACAAAAAAUAUUUCAGCCACCGGGAUUUGCAGGCCUUUUCCAUCCGGCCCUACCUGGCUUAUCCUUCUCAUUACGCUGGGGACGCUGAAUGGAUGAGCGACACGGAGUUUUCCACUAUCUGGGAUGACGAUUCUAGGAAAACCACCUGGAGCGGCUCUCAGAAGACGCUGAAGGACGCCCGAAGCAUCAGCCACGGAGGCCCCCUCAGCCAUUCCUUCCCCACAGCACCUCGGGAUGAACUCUAACAUCUGGCUGGUUCGGCUUCCGUUUUUUCCCCGUAAAGACAGAUUUGUGAAUGGAAGCUCCAUUUCCCCCUCCGCAGGAGAGACACGGGGGUUGCUCCAACUGUUUUUGGAUAAGAGGAAGCGGGGUGGGGUGGGUGGGGCAAAGACCAGGGAUGGGUGGGGGCUCGCC